AUGCCCUUUCCCCAAGCCAAAUACCAUACCUCUUCCCCAACCCAAACAUGGUUCGUACGAUCUGCUUCUGUAGCUUUUAUACGUCGAAGGGUUGCGGAAAGUCACGUAGGCAUCGGGGGGUUUCAUGGGUGGGUAAACUUUGUGCAUUGAUUUGUUUUCGAUUUGGGUUUGUCACGAAAAUCGACUGCGAACGAUUCUGAUUCAGGCGAAAUAGCGGGCGAAACGAAGAGAGCACAGAAAAUAGAACGCGAAAUGAAGAGAACGUUAGAGAAGGAAGAGAUUGCAAAAGUCACGUAGAAAGUUUGAUGGGUUUGUCAAGAUUAUGGUAGUUGGAACAACAUUACACACGUUCGCUGUUCAUUGCUUAAGGUUAUGUGUGUUGAAGGCAUGGGGAAUAUGGGGUGUUUUGAUUGUUUUGUCAUAUGAAGAUGGGUAUGGUGAGGGGGGGGAGGGGUGAAAGUGGAGGGGGCGGGGUAAAAAAUUAAGGGGGGGGGGGGGAAAGUAAAAGUGGUAAAAAAGGAGGAAGUAGAGAGAACCAAGGGUAAACAGGGAAAGAAGGAGUAAAAAAGGGCAAGUUUAAAAAUUUAGGGGGUAGGGUUAGAGAGGAAAAAGGGUAAAAAGAAGAGGGAGGGGUAAAAAAGGGCAGGGAUGCAGGUAAGUUUCUUUACAAAAAAUGGCAAGAACUUUCUUUACAUAACGUUAAAUAAAAUUUUAAGUCUUUACCAAAGAUCUUUUUAACUUACCCAAAACCCCCUUUUCAACAUAAGUUUGUGUCGUUAACAAACUACAGCGUUAAUACGGUACCCUCGAAUAAACCUAUCACAAUGCACAGACGACAUCGCUGUAACAAUCAAAGCAAUACAAUUUUAGCGACCUUGCCGGUCUCCCUUUAUGUCAAUGUUUAAUAUAAAUUAAGGGCUAUUUUUAAAACCAAAUGUCCUGAUAUUAAACUAUUGCUCAACAAAGUCUAACUUAUGAAAAACUAGCCCUAGUCUAGAGCCCUAGCCCAGAGCCCUAGCCCUAGCCCUAACCCAGAGCCCUAGCCCAAAGCUUUAGCCCAGAACACUAGCCCAGAGUCUUAGCCCGGAGCUGUAGUACUAGUCCUAGCCGAACCCUGUGAUCACGCCCUUGCUCAUGCUAACCACUAUGUCCAUGUACAUGCCCCAGCUUAUGCUCUAGUCUAUGCUCAAGCACUAGAAAUAGCCCAUUAUUUAGCCCUAGAAAUAGUCUUAGCCUUAGCCCAUGCCAUGCCCAUAUACAUGCUCUAGACUAGGUUCUAGAUUACCAAGCCUUAAUACAUGAUCUAACUUAGCUAUAGCGUUUGCCCUAGCCCAGCCCAGCCCAGCCCAGCCCAGCCCAGCCCAGCCCAGCCCAGCCCAGCCCAGCCCAGCCCAGCCCAGCCCAGCCCAGCCCAGCCCAGCCCAGCCCAGCCCAGCCCAGCCCAGCCCAGCCCAGCCCAGCCCAGCCUAGCCCAGCCCAGCCCAGCCCAGCCCAGCCCAGCCCAGCCCAGCCCAGCCCAGCCCAGCCCAGCCCAGCCUAGCCCAGCCCAGCUCAGCCCACCACAGCCCAAGCCCCUGGCCUAG